UUCGCACGAUUAUCCGAGCGAACAAAAACCGUCUUUGACGAAUUUACAUUGCAUUGGGUGUUAAGUCGAGUUAAUGUCUUAUUUUACAUUUUUUAUUGUGUAAAGUAAAUCAUUAAGCGCCGAGUUUUUAUAGUGUGUAAGAAAUAAGUUAGCCGCUUAAAUGCCUUGAUAGAACGGUAUUUAAAAAUGAACAAAAUGUCGAAGAAUAAAUUAAAUCUGACCCUCCCACCGGGGUCUAUAGACACAGCUCCUGCUAUAACACCAUCUAAUAUGACCCCUCAACUUAAAUCCGCAACUGCUUCGGAGCGGCAGGGAUUAGCAGGAAAGUCAAAAACAAGUAUUGAAGCCUUGACUGAGAGGUUAGAGCAAAUUGAAAUGGACGACACACAACGACGCAGGAUAGAGGUAUUUCUCUGUCAGAAAGAGAAGAUUGGAGAACUGAGCGAUGAUGACUUUGAAAAGUUAGGAGAAUUAGGUCAAGGAAAUGGUGGGGUUGUAAUGAAAGUUCGUCACAAGUCCACUGGUCUCAUUAUGGCAAGAAAACUAAUACAUUUGGAAGUAAAACCAGCAAUAAAGAAACAGAUAAUCAGAGAACUAAAGGUGCUUCACGAGUGUAAUUUUGCUCAUAUAGUGGGAUUCUAUGGGGCUUUUUAUAGUGAUGGAGAAAUAUCAAUCUGUAUGGAGUACAUGGACGGAGGAUCACUGGAUUUGAUAUUGAAAAAGGCUGGAAGGAUUCCUGAGUCAAUUUUAGGAACAAUAACAUCUGCAGUCCUUAAAGGGUUAAGCUAUUUGCGUGAUAAGCAUGCCAUCAUGCAUCGUGAUGUGAAACCGUCCAACAUACUCGUGAAUAGUAAUGGAGAAAUAAAGAUUUGUGAUUUCGGUGUCUCCGGACAGCUCAUCGACUCCAUGGCCAAUUCGUUUGUUGGCACCAGGAGUUAUAUGUCGCCUGAACGUCUCCAAGGUACUCACUACUCGGUGCAGUCAGACAUCUGGUCGCUCGGACUGUCUUUGGUGGAGAUGGCGAUCGGAAUGUACCCGAUACCACCCCCCGACUCAAAGACCCUGGCUGCCAUGUUCGGUGGACAGAAUGAAGACCAUUCGCCUGGUCAAGCUCCAAAUUCACCACGCCCAAUGGCAAUUUUCGAACUACUCGACUAUAUAGUUAACGAACCGCCUCCCGAAUUGCCUCCCGGCCUCUUCUCUGAUGUUUUCAAAGAUUUCGUGGACCGCUGCCUUAAGAAGAACCCGGAUGAAAGAGCCGAUCUUAAGACACUUAUGAAUCACGAGUGGAUCCGCCAGGCAGACGCGGAGAAGGCUGACAUAGCAGGCUGGGUGUGCAAGACCAUGGACCUCAUGCCCUCAACGCCCAACUCCAAUGUGUCUCCUUUUUCUUCAUAAGCUGCAAGAAGUGCAUACUUUCAUCAGCGAAAAAGGGUCAAAACAUUUCCCAAGACAGAGCAGGCGAGACAAUCAGUGAGGACGCUGGCGCAGAGGAAUAGCGCGAGACCACGUGACCGGAACAGUAUGUCAACUCUAGCCAUUACCCACCUUACCCGACACCGUAGAGACGUGACUACACCGAAUCGAGAUGAUUUCUUAUAUGUGUUAUACUUUCCAUUCGUAUGACUUCGACUUUGGUAGGGUUAUCUCGAAGAUUUCGUGGUACCUCUGCCAAAGAUUGACGUUUUCUAUAUAUGUAUGAUGAAAAUUUUGUGUGAAAAUUGAAUAUGUGUUUACAAAUCGUGUCAUUUUGUUUCGAAUGACCAUUCGUUGUAUGUAUUAUGACUAUAUAAGUUAUGUAUAAUUUUGAUGAAGUAGCCGUAUAUAUUUUUGUUCGCGUCUCUAUUAUCGUGAUUCCUAUAGAAAAUCAAUAAUUACCCAUUGGAAAAAUUGCGAUUAAACUUUAAAAGUGAAAAUACAGUUUUAGCUGUUGGCUAUUUAAGGUGUUUUGUAGUUAUACAGAGAUUACACAGGGUUCCAUUUGUAAUCUAUAGGCACAUUGACGCAUCUCGACGUUUCCGUAUCAUAUACGAGAUAUAUGGUAUCACGAAACAUCAUUACGAUGUGUGUGACAGUGUCUGAGAUAGGUGUGACAAAACAUAGUGCAUUCGGGGAUGAACUAAUCGAGGGGUUUUGAAAAGUACUAAUCGAUUAAUGGUCAAGUAGAGUUGAUUUCACUAGUCGCAAGUCGAAAAAAAAUGUUAGUAGUGUUUUGACAUAUUUUUCUUUGCUGAAAGUGCGUAAUUCAUGUCAGCUGAUACUUGUUAUUUAAAUAGUUUAAAGAUGCCAUCCGCAUCAGAGCGCUGGAAUACUCAAAUGGCUGCGUUCACGCCCAGGCAUGGGAGCGUUCCAAGGCUCGACAAAAAAAAUAUAUCAUCUAGUAACCUGUAAAAUAGAAAACAUUUUUAGAAUACACGAAAAAAAAAUUAAUAAAAAACAAAAAAUAAAAUUUGUAGAUAUCGGUUUUUAUUCUAUAUUUGACGUGAUGCACUUAUCCGUUUGGUUUGUUUUUGUUAUUCGCUUUGUUUUAGUGAACCCGCCUUUUACCUUACAGCACUUAGAUUAGGCAUACGCUACAGCAUAGAUGGCGCUGAACGGAAUUUAUAGGAAUACGUUCUUCAUAAUCCUAUCUAUUUUGUGAAAUCUUAGCGCUUCCAUACCAUUGUCGUGGUUUAUGAUAUUGAUAAUGCACCUUAUCCCCGCACGUUUAGGACGUUUUUCGCUUGGUGGUCGCUAUUUUUUGCCCGGUCUUCCUGUUUAGAGCAUUUGUAGUUUUCUUGUGAUAAUUUACGUAUAUGCAUGCUAGUUUGUGAAGUGUUUUGGCUUUUCACUAAGCAUUUAAUUAUUUUGACGCUACAACUGAUAAUUUGUAAGUUUUAAGUAAUUAGUUUUAUUUUAUUGACUAUGUAUGAGGUAUGAUUUACGUUUAUUAUACAAUAUUUGGGGAACUAUUUAUUGAUCAUUUUGGUUAGCAUCGUUCAAUACAUUUUUAUAUAUAUGUAUAUAUAUCAGCUCGAGCUCAGCUCUUUUUUUAAUUUCUUUUAAUCAAUAAUGUGUUGAAAACUAUUAGAAAGUUUUAAUGAUUUUAUUAUUAUUAAUAAUUACACAAGUUGUGUAUGAACUUAAUGUAUAUUAUGAUCACAAAAAAUGUUUGUAUAAUUUUAACAUUUUCGGCCUUUGUUUGUUCACUUAGGUUAUAUUUUUAAUUAAUAAAGGUAUAAGUACUAUAAAAUCGCUUUUGUAACGCAUUUAUAAACAUUAUAAGCGAAAUAGUAAAUGUUUCGAUAAUAGUCAGAAAUAAUGUUAAUUAUUUAAUAAAAGGUUCUUAUGGUAAUGAAUUUUCUAGAAAAUUCUAUUUUAAUGUGAUGUAACGUAUGUUAUCGAAAUUGUAACUUAUAUUUUCAUAAAUAUUUAGGUUAAUAUUCAGAAGACUUUAAAUACCAUUUGGUAAUAGAUGAUUUAAAUA